AUGACUGAUCUAGCUCCAAUCGGGCCCACAGUGGUCGCUACUCCUUAUUCCAUCAAGAACCUUCCCCCGUUGAUUAUUGGUGGCGCUGUGUUUAAUACUCAGUAUACUAGUAAUCCACAGAGCCUUCCCAUCGCACAAGUUCUUCACAAGGCUUUCGAGUUGGGAUUGAACGCCAUUGAUACUUCUCCGUAUUAUGGGCCAUCCGAGGAAUUGUUGGGUAAUGCCUUGAAGAGCUUGCUGUUUACCAGAGACCAGUACUAUAUCUGUACAAAGGCUGGCAGAAUCAAAUUGAAUGAAUUUGACUAUAGCAGGGCAAAUGUCCGGGCUUCGGUGGCUAGAUCGUUGCAGCGUUUAGGGACGAGCUAUCUUGAUUUGGUAUACAUGCAUGACAUCGAAUUCGUGGAGGCACCUCAGAUUUAUGAGGCUUUGAAGGAAUUGAAGAAGCUCAAGCAGGAAGGCUUAAUCAAGAACUUUGGGGUGUCUGGAUACCCGGUGGACUACCUUUACGAAAUUGCGUUAGGAAGCUACCAGGACCCUGAAAUAGGGGCUUUGGACGCCAUUCUUUCGUAUUCCAACGGAUGUAUCCAGAAUGUUUCACUCUUUGAUUAUUAUGACAAGUUCCACAAGGAAUGUGGUAUUGGGAAGUUGAUGAACGGGUCCAUUUUGAGUAUGUCAUUGUUGAGGUCUGGCUCCACUCUCUCUUUCCAUCCUGCUGCCCAGACUUUGAAGGAUAAGGUUGCCGAGGUGGCCCAGUACUUGGAAUCCCAACAUCAGGUCGAGCUAGCAGAUCUUGCCACCCGAUUUGCCCUCAAGAAGUGGCUAUUUGACUCUGCAGUCCAGCCAGAGGACUCUGAAGAGCAUGAGUGGAAUGCCGUGACUUCAACAGUCUUGGGUGUUAGCAGUAUUCGGGAAUUGGAUGUAGCUAUCUCAAGCUACUGGCAAGUCAAACGUAACAUCGGUGGUAUCAACGAGAAGGACGAGUUGUUGUUCCAGAAAGUCAAGGAGCUUCUUGGUGACCACUUCAACGAAGUGUGGCCGAGUGGAAUAGAUAGAAGCUAA